UAGAAAAAAACUGAUAAAAUAGGAGGAAAGUGGUAAUAAUAUUUGGGAAAAUUGAUUGCGCGUAAUUUGGUACAAAAUUUUGGGAGAAAAUUUUUAGUAAAAUUUGUUAAAAAUAGGGAAUUUAAAGUUAUUUACAAGGUGCAAGGGAGAUAAGGUCGAGAAGAUACUGUAUGAGCCGAAGUCUCAUUUUCUAAGUUUCCCUUUAAUCUAAUUUUAUUUUAUGCGUCUGUCUGAAUGUCUUGGUCGUCGAAAUGCACUCAUCGUCAAUGGAUGGAUUAAUGUAUUUGGUGCUUUACUAGAAUACUUUUCAAAAGCGAUGGCAUCGCCUGAGUUGCUAAUUUUCGGUCGACUGGUACUUGGAGCAGUAAUGGGACUUUCGACAGGGCUAGUGCCUAUGUAUUUAAUGGAAAUCACUCCCACAAAGUAUCGAGGAGCGGCUGGCACUCUUCAUAUGGUAGCAGUUGCAUUUUCUGAUUGGUUUUCGCUCUUUAUUGGAUUACCUGAGAUUCUAGGAAAUACGCAAAGUUGGCCUCUAGCAUUUGCAUUCCCAGGCAUUCCUGCACUCAUGCUUUGUUGUAUUCUUCCAUUUUGUCCUGAAAGCCCUAAGUUUACUCUCUUCACGCGUGGAGAUGCUUCAAAGGCAGUCUUAGAUCUAAAACGAUUUGUAGACGAUAAUGAGGCGGAAUAUAUGUUUGAAGCAUUGGAACGUGAAGCUAUAAUGAUUAAUGAAGGCCCAGGUUCAUACAAACAAAUAUUCACUGAGCGUUCACUUCGAGUACCUCUACUAAUCUCUAUUAUGGUAAUGAUUACUCAACAAUUUACGGGUUGUUCUGCCGUUUUUGCCUAUUCGACAGACAUGUUUUUGAAUGCAGGAAUUAGAGGUCAAAUGGCAAGAUUCAGCACUUUAGCUGUUGGAAUAGCGUACUUUUUGUUUGCAUUAACUGCCCCUUUUCUGAUUGAACGCGCCGGACGGCGAAUUCUCUUGAUCCAUCUCUGGGCUGGCUAUGCAACCAUAGGUGCCCUAAUUUUCUACAUGUGUGUAUACGGUAUUGGGUGCGCAGUACCAUGGCUAAUAACUGGAGAAUUAUUUCCUACCAAAUACAGAGCUUCUGCAAUUACUGGUAGAUUUAUCUCUAAAACUUAUGUUCUCAUUAAACCCUUUUAGUCGCGGUUUCCGUUGCUUGGUCUUUAUCCUUUGUUGUCUCGACGUGCUAUCUACCUUUUCAACAGCUAGUUGGCAAUUCAUUAAGCUAUGUACCUUUCAUUAUUGUCAGUGGAUGUGGAGCUGUUUUUGUAUAUUGGGUUUUACCAGAAACACGAGGCAAACAAGCAAUGGAUAUUGUUCGGGAAAUCCGACAGAGGGCCAGAUCACUAACCAGCGGUCAAUCACCAAUGCGAAUUCAACCAGUAAAGGAUACUCGAUCUUG